GGAAGUGACGUCGCCGCUCCCGAGGCCCUCAGGUGGAUCGCCGCGGCCCCUCCUCUCAGAGCGGUCGCCUUUUCCCGCGCGAGCGACCGGUGCUGCUCGGGCCGCCCGGGGUGAAAUAUGGCGUCUGCCCUGGAGCAAUUCGUGAACAGUGUCCGACAGCUCUCAGCUCAAGGGCAAAUGACACAGCUUUGUGAACUGAUCAACAAAAGUGGGGAACUCCUUGCGAAGAAUUUAUCCCAUCUGGACACUGUGCUUGGGGCUUUGGAUGUACAAGAACACUCCUUGGGUGUCCUUGCUGUUUUGUUUGUGAAGUUUUCUAUGCCCAGUGUUCCUGACUUCGAAACGUUAUUCUCACAGGUUCAGCUUUUCAUCAGUACUUGCAAUGGGGAGCACAUUCGAUAUGCAACAGACACUUUUGCUGGGCUUUGCCAUCAGCUAACAAAUGCACUUGUGGAAAGAAAACAGCCCCUGCGAGGAAUUGGCAUCCUUAAGCAAGCCAUAGACAAGAUGCAGAUGAAUACAAACCAGCUGACCUCAAUACACGCCGAUCUCUGCCAGCUUUGUUUGCUGGCAAAAUGCUUUAAGCCUGCCCUUCCGUAUCUUGAUGUAGACAUGAUGGAUAUCUGUAAAGAGAAUGGGGCCUAUGAUGCAAAGCACUUUUUAUGUUACUAUUAUUAUGGAGGGAUGAUUUAUACUGGACUGAAGAACUUUGAAAGAGCACUCUACUUUUAUGAACAGGCUAUAACUACUCCUGCCAUGGCGGUCAGUCAUAUCAUGUUGGAAUCAUAUAAAAAGUAUAUUUUAGUGUCUUUGAUAUUACUUGGCAAAGUACAACAGCUACCAAAAUAUACAUCUCAGAUUGUGGGUAGAUUCAUAAAGCCUCUUAGCAAUGCAUACCAUGAGUUAGCACAAGUGUAUUCAACCAAUAACCCCUCAGAACUCCGAAACCUGGUGAACAAGCACAGUGAAACGUUCACUCGUGAUAACAACAUGGGCCUGGUGAAGCAAUGCUUGUCAUCUCUUUAUAAGAAGAAUAUUCAGAGGUUAACAAAGACCUUCUUAACACUAUCGUUACAAGAUAUGGCAAGUCGUGUACAGUUAUCUGGACCUCAAGAGGCAGAAAAAUAUGUUCUACACAUGAUAGAAGAUGGUGAGAUUUUUGCAAGUAUUAACCAGAAGGAUGGUAUGGUCAGUUUCCAUGAUAACCCUGAAAAAUAUAAUAACCCAGCCAUGCUUCAUAACAUUGAUCAGGAGAUGCUGAAGUGCAUAGAGCUGGAUGAACGUCUGAAGGCCAUGGACCAGGAGAUCACAGUGAACCCCCAGUUCGUGCAAAAGGUGACUAGGGCUCCCCUCAUUACAAGAAGCCAGCUGGGUGGAGAAGGAGGGAUAUUGUCACAUCAGGCACAGGAACUUGGUUUCAGGUUAUUAAGUAUUUCUUGAAAACCUUUAUCAGUAAACUCACAGAGCAGUACUAAUUGAGAACAUUUUCAAACAACAACCUGGAAGUACAGUUAGAAAUGCUUAGAGUGGUUCCUGGAAUUGCCUGCUCCUGUUAUUCACAGGGUGCUUUCCUCUGGGAGGGACAGGAUGACGGUGUGCAGCCUCUGGGGCUGCGGUAAACCCUUGACAAAGGCAAACAUCAAUCCACUGCCUCACUCUCCCCUUACAGAGUAUGGGCUCACAAGAAGAUGAUUCAGGAAACAAACCAUCCAGUUACUCUUGAAACUAAUUUCCAUCCUGAGUUAAACAAAAAAACUACCACCUUGGUCAGUGUCAAAUGUUAGGAGGACAGCAGAGAGGACCAAGACUGUGUCACCUGGACAUUAAGAAAUUAAAUUUUGUUUUGACAUCUUCAGUCCUAUGUGCUUUCAGAAAACCAGUCUCUCUGCACAGAAAGGAAACAAAUUUGCAAACUUUAAAGUCUGUUAUGGAUUUAUUUAUCCUCAGAUUAUUGUUGUUAUUGCAUUAAAUCUACAUUUUUGUUUUAAAUUGCUUGAA